AUGACCAUGAAUGCCGAGCACGGACCUGGAACGAGCCAAUGCGCACCGGGAUUGGGUCGCUUUGAGAGACAGCGCGAGCUGUAUGACGAAGUCACGAAUGAGCCCAACUAUGUCAGAAAGCUCGGCGACGCUGAAGCACUGGCGAUUGCUGAGGCACUCAAAGUGAACACGAGGGUGACUGAACUCAAUCUGGACACAAAUCGGAUUGGCGAAGUUGGAGCGCGCGCGAUUGCUGAGACACUCAAAGUGAACACCAGGCUGACUUUGCUCACUCUCGGAUGGAAUUACAUUGGCGAUGCCGGCGCUCAGGCAAUUGCGGAGCUUCUCAAGGCGAACAUGACGUUGACUUACCUCGAUCUGAGCGGCGAUCAGAUUGGAGUUGCCGGAACGCAAGCGAUUGCUGAGGCACUCAAAGUGAACACAACGCUGACUGAGCUCUUUCUGUGGCACAAUGAAAUAGGCGAUGCCGCAGUUCCAUCGAUUGUCGAGGCGCUCAAAGUCAACAAGACACUAAAGAAGCUUGAGUUGGGCGGGAACUUCUUGUCCCGAGGUGCAAUCGAUGCACUGACACAAACGGGCAAUAAAGGCACUACCUGUAAGAACAUGAGAGUCCAACCCAAGAAAGAGCCGUCGCCCGCCACGUCGGCGCUGAAUGCCGCUACAGCCGCCGCAAGCAUUGUGCCUCAGAGUCCCGUCACUCUUGCAACUGAAAAUCAGCAAUUGCGCUCCGAGUUGGCUGCCAAAGAUCAAGAGCUCGCGACCAAAAAUCAUGAGCUCGCUGACGAACGGCAGAAGCUCGCAAUGAAGGAGCAGGAGCUCGCGGUGAAGGAUCAGGAGCUCGCAGCCGCAAAGCUGGAGCACGCAGCCGCAAAGCUGGAGCACGGAGCCGCAAAGCUGGAGCUCGCAGCCGCAAAACUGGAGCUCGCUGACGAAAGACAACUACGCGCUGCAAAAGAGCAGGAGCUACAAAAGCUUCUGCUCGGAAUUGCAGACAGAGAAGAUUGGAUCGAUGUAAAGUCGCCAGCGGACGAUGAAGAAGCAAAUAUUUGA